GCUCCAUACGUAGCAUCAGUGUGUAUAUGUAACCGUGAAAAUAAACUUCUAUGAAUAAAUUCACACGUUACCCGCGAUUCAGUAUACGUCUGAGACUCCGUCACGUACGCUGACUUUAACCUUGAAAUUGUUUAUUUUUUAAUAGGUUCUUCUAAACAGUCAAGCUGGCGCAUCAAUUUUGGAUAUCGUACCACCCCCCUCCUGGAACAAAGCACACAUCUAGUGGGGACGACACGCCCCCUAUACCAGAAGAAGAACUUGAGCAACAGAAAAUUGAACAUGAACGUCAAAUGCAAAAGGAAAAGGAGGAACAAGCCAGAGAAGCCGAAGAAGUGGCACAACUGGACAAGGAACUAUUACAUCAGCGAGCUAUCGAGGCAGAGGAGGAACAGAAGAGGGAGAUCGCAGAAGCUGUGGAGGGCCUCCGAGGGAUGAACACUUCGUGGUCGCACCAUGGACUGUGUGACUUGCAGCGCCAAGCGGCGAGAUGGCGACACAGCCGACCAUCCAUACCAGAUACAGCCAGGCCAUAUAAGAGUGCCCUGAAAAAAGCGUGUAGUGCUCAGUUGACUAAACCACAGUCCAGUCAGAGCAUUAUCAGUGAAAAUGACGGAAUUUUCAUCAACAUGUCGAGGAUAGGACCACGGAGAGAUGCCUCUUUGGAUAGCGACGCUUGCUGUGGAACCCCCGGGUGCACCGCCACCCCCAACGCCAGGGAUUGGAGAGCUUCGGCCAACGAUAUUAGCCUUGGACACUUAGUUCGGGCCCCAUCGUGCCCUGGAUGUCGCGCUCCAAUAGCCUCGCUGGAUUGUAUGGACGAUUUUAGUGCAAACUCGCAGCAAAUGUUAGAUCAAGCAGGGGAAAUAACAGUUUCUCGGCACAUGUCCACUUAUAUGGGAAAUCACACAACUAUGCCAUCGGUGGUAACUCCUGGUCUGCGCUACAAGAACCUGGGCAAGUCUGGACUGAGAGUGCCCAAUAUUGGCCUGGGCAUAUGGACGAUGCUAAAUGAAGAUUGCGCAGAAGAUGUCAUUAUGACUGCAAUUGAAAAUGGAAUUAAUCUCUUUGAUUUGUCGGAAGCUCAUUGUGCAAAGGGUGAGGUUGAAUUAGGACGUAUUCUUAAAAAGAGAAAUGUCCGAAGGACAAGCAUAAUAAUAACUACAAAAAUUUAUUGGAGCACAAAGUUUGCUCAUACUAAUAACAGGUCUGAUGAGCGGGGAUUGUCCCGUAAACAUAUAGUUGAGAGUGUGAAAGCGUCACUAGCUAGACUUCAAGUGGAAUAUAUCGAUGUGGUUCUAUUACACAAAGUAGAUCCUGUUUGUCCAAUGGAAGAAUUAGUCCGAGCGAUGAAUUUUGUAAUAAGCCAAGGAUGGGUCAUGUAUUGGGGAACUGCACGCUGGUCACCUUCCGAGAUAAUGGAUGCCUACACAAAUUGUCGUCAGUUCAAUUGCAUCACACCCAUAAUGGAACAAACAGAAUAUCACAUGUUCUGUCGUGAAAAACCAGAGUUGUACAUGCCUGAGCUAUAUCACAAAAUUGGCGUUGGUAUUAAUUGUUUACCAGGAAUGAUGGUCUGGUCUGCUAUUACAACGGGCAAAGGCCUCGGCCGCGAGGAGAUCACUGGUCUCUUUGCCAAAUCGCGCUUCAAUAGAAAAUAUAGUACUUUCAGUUGGUGCGAAGAAGAUCUCGCUGUGCCUGAAAUGCGGAGCUCCGGCAGCAAGGAGCAACUGACUGGGGAAGAGCCAAGGACUUACGGCGACAAACUCCGCGACUUGUCCAACCUCGCCAAUUCUCUCAAUUGCUCCAUGAGCCAAUUGGCAGUUGCUUGGUGUUUGAAGAAUGAGUCAGUUAAUUGCUUAUUGUUGGGGGCAACAAGCGUAGAACAGUUCAAAGAGAAUAUUCAUGCUUUACAGAUUGUGCCGCAGUUGACGCCGUCGGUGAUGGUGGAGAUUGAGAGGCUAUUGUCCAAUAAACCACAGCGGCCUCCCAUGGUCUCCACGCUGGCAAUGCGCAACCAACAGAAUAAUAAUACUGUUCGAGUGGACAUGACCGGUGCCACCACAUCAGGAACUGGGUCACCGAAGCCCGAGGGUGACAACGCUGUGGAGGGCGAGUCUGCUACCCCCGGGAAAGAGUCCGGGCGGGCCUUCUGUGAGAUUCAGUGACCGUGGUGGCGGGGAAGCACUGACUCUGCUUCCAAAUCUAGUAAAUCAAAGGUGUCGGCAGAAUCACCAAAGGAUAAUAAACCUAAAUAUUUCUUAAACAAUGCCGGCGAGGUUAUAAAGCGAACAGAACAAGAUGGGGUAUCGACGGAUAUAGUAGUGUCAGUGUCCUCACUGAAAGGCAAGCAGCCAGCCAGCGGGGGCAGCAAGGUGAAGAAAUCCAAGACCGACACGGCUCGCCCGCGGUCCGCUUCUUUACAAAGGUCGUCUUCAGGACAACUCUCCGCCUCCCGCGACCGUCGCAGAUCCCGACUAGAUCUGUCGUCUCCAGCAGACAUUUAAGCCUGUAAUGAAAACAUUUGUAAGUGAAACACUGGAUUUCCAUAAAAUCUCGCAAAAUAUAUGGAUUAAAAUUACGAUGUCAUUAUGUUAUCUCUCUUUCAUAGAAAAAAUUCAUAGAAAUCAAAUGAUUAUUUUGCAAAUGAAAGCGAGACACAACGUUCUGAACACAGACAGUCGUAAGUAAGUAGCUAAUCAAUAAAACGUCAAUGUGAAAAAUAUAGAAAUCUUUUGUAAAAUUUCUAUAGGAAAAUGACAAAACAAAUAAAUAAUUGCAUUUACAAAUGCUUCCAUGGUUUACUAAAAUCUUAUGAGCGCAACCUCUCAACGAAAAGGUGUAUUUUUGUACUGUUAUCAAACAGCAAAUAGCUGUAGCUAUUCGUGAACUAGAAUCGUGAUUCGUAAAAUUUAGAAACAGGGAAGUACUUACGUAUGUUCUAUGCUUGUAAAAUGGACGAUAAAGAAACCCUUGGUAAAUAGUUAACAUCUAAUUAAUGUGUGUAUAUGUACUAUAGUUAAAGGUUAUAAUAAACCAGGAUAGUUUUUAACCUUUUAUGAUGUAGUAAAAUACUAUCAGUGUAUACCUUCCUACAAUUACAAACAAUCUUAUGAUGUUUUCCUUAGAAAAUUAAAGGCGGCAUGUUCUUUUGGAAUGUAUCCAUUAAAAAACUUGUAGUUCGAUUUUUAGGCUAAAUAUCUCGACUUUACGACUUUUUAAAAUUGAAUGGUUCAAAUUGGGUAUUGUAACGAAUUCUAAUGAUUCCUUUGAACAAUCUAGGUUCCGAAGCUAAGUAUUUUGUACUCACUAGAUUAAUUAAUGACUUCUCAAUAUGAUAUUGCUUCCACAGACUCGCACUUCCUCUAACUAACUCUGGCUUAAACAUAUUUUAAUUCCUGCAUGCUUUCCAUAACGAUGUCAAUUUAAGUACCUAACAUUUGUAAUAGUGAGCACCACGUUAGAAGUUUCAUAGUUUAUGGAUUGUUAUGCUGACGUAGACAUUUCGAUAAAAUAUUCACGUUAGUAUGCUAAAUAACUAAUAUAGAGAUAUAUAUUUUUGUAAUGUGCACUUGCAUUUAUAAUAUUUGUAUUGGUAGAUUGAUCUAAGCCACAGUCGGUGGCCUGAUUUGUUGGUUUCGACACAAUAAUCGGUACCUAUUGUAAUCCUUUUGACAUCAGCGCUUCAAUAGGUCCGCUAGCAUUAGGCCCUAGGAGUAGACGCUCCACAAAAUGAAAUUACUACCACGCGGUAGAUACAUUCAAGUCGCAAUUUGCAUGCAUAGGCUUUUUGAUAUGAUUUAUUUGAUGUGGUAAAAGUAACAUUUUGACCUUUUUAUACAAGUACAGUUUAACUUACUUAAUUUUUAGAAUUAUCUAUUUAUGACAUUAUAAAUUGUAGUUUCUAGGUAUUUAAGUAUCAAAAUUAAUUUUAUUACAAAUUUGUUGUCUAUAAUUUUAUAUUCUUAAUGUUGUCUUAAUCGUCAUUAACGUAAUACACUUUGUCAGAUUAUUGUUAUACAAAUGUUAAACAGUAAUUAGUAUAUAAGAAACAUACUUUCCUACUAGAUUAUUUCACCACGUUCUAAAUUGUUUACAAACUUUGUUAGCAGCUAUCUCCAUCGUUUACAUACAAACGUUUCAAAAUAAAAUAAAAAGUAUACUUUGCCAGUGUAUUGAUCUAAGUAUUUUUGUUAAUUUAAUGAAGUAUGCAGAUAUCGUGACAAGUGGAAUUAUGUAGUCUAUGCCUACUCUUCCAGGAAAGAGGUAUGAUUUUAUUUAUGUUUAAUUUAAUGAAAUCGUCAAAUAACAACAGCCACUUUUUUUUAACCCAUUCACUAUUUACCAUCAGUUUUGGUUUCACAUAAUUUGGAUUACAUUGGCAAAGUUCUGCUUUCCCAUUUGUAAGAUUUGAAGUUCUCUAGCUUAGUCGUAUUUUCAUUUUUCAAUCGUGUUAUCACUAACUUACACACAUUUUCAUCAAUCUGUCUUGUAAUUUAAUUGUUAUGUAUGCUAAUGAAUAUGUAUGGUACAAAUUGUUAUGAUGAGUGAUAUAAAAUGUAGUGAAAUAUAUGUAAAAUACUAAAACAUAUAUAUAAAAUUUGUUAAAAAAAUAAUAUUUAUGCACAUAAUAUUAGAGUUCAUAUUUUGUCAUAUAUAAAUGUUCAAUGGUGUGAUACCAGCUAAAAUAGAGUGGGUUUAUUUAUACAUAUUGUUAAAUCUGCAUCAGAAAAGCGUACUGCUUAAAUGUCCACAAAUACAUGUAUGUUAAACAACAUAAAAAUAUCAACAAAUACAUACAUGUAUGUAAAACAUCAUAUUUUUUUUAUAUUAACACAUUGUGUCAAAUUUUUGUGUGAAUGUCAAACUUGAAGAACACCCGUAAGACUAAGUAUAUAUGCUUUCCACUGCAAGUUUGAUUUACCUAUCGAGAAAUAUUAAUACAAUUUACAUACCUAUCCCAUUUCGUACUGCAAAAAUAUUCAACACAUUAUUAGGAUCCUACCCGUAUGGAACUUUUUCACUUCUAAGAUAUUCAUAUCAAUACAUUUAAAUUUACAUUCAGUAUUAUAAUAUUUAUCUACGCGGCUUAGAAUACUAUGUUUAAAUGUUUAAGCCAGUAAACAUACAUGAUAAUUGACACAAUUAUGA